AUGGCUAGCACAAGUGUUGCUCGUUCAUGUGAUACAUUUGUUGUAUUACCACCUUUGACAGAUUCGAAAUUUCAUAUAUUUGGUAAAAAUUCUGAUCGACCAGCAAGUGAAGUUCAAGAAGUUAUUUUUGUUUCAAAACAACAUACAUCGGAAAACAAAGAUCAUGUUCAUUGUACUCAUAUCCAAGUACCACAAGUUUCAACAACAUAUCGAUGUAUUUUAUCAAAGCCUGCAUGGUGUUGGGGUGCAGAAAUGGGUGCCAACGAACAUGGAGUAUGUAUUGGAAAUGAAGCAGUAUUUUCAAAAGUAAAUUAUAAUACACGAGAAUUAGCAUUGACUGGCCUCGAUAUUGUGCGAUUAGCUUUAGAACGUGCUAAAACAGCUAAAUUAGCUGUUACCAUGAUCGGUGAGUUUGUAGAAAACUAUGGUCAAGGUGGAACAUGUUACGAUCGCAUAUCUGGUUUCUCAUCUGGUUAUGAUAACAGUUUUCUUGUCGUCGACAGCGAUGAAGCAUGGGUUAUUGAAACAUGUGAUCGUGUUUGGGUUGCUAAACAAAUUAAAGAAGGAUAUUACAACAUAUCAAACUGUUAUACUAUUGGCGAUGAAUAUACAAUGCAAUCAAACAAUUUAGAAACUUUUGCUAAAGAAAAAAAAUUAUGGCAUGGCAAAGAGAAAUUAAAUUUUGCUAAGACAUUUGAAUCUUUUUCAGGUGGCGAUGGUCGAUUAAAGGCUGGACAAAACUUACUUGAAAAUUUAACUAAAAAUGGCAACUUUUCAGUUUUCGAUAUGAUAUCAAUUUUACGUGAUGAUCAAUCAGGUAUAUGCAUGUUAGGUGAAGGUGAUGAUUGUAUUUCAACAGGCUCACAAGUAUCUGUAUUACUAUCAACAGAUAGAAAAAGAUCACAAACUGAUGCAUGCCAUUUUUUUACUGCAACACCAAAUCCACAAUUAUCAUUAUUCAAGCCAUUUAUUUUUUGCGAUGAAGUUGAGCUAGGUCCCUUAACAGUCUCAACUCCAGUUGAAAUAACAUCGCAUCGUAUUCAUCCAUUAUAUUCUGUACGCCAAAAAGCAUCACGUGCACAACUUGAAGAUAAACGAUUAAAAGAUUUAGAACAUGAAGGUAUUGUGGAAGUUAUUAAUAAACUUAAAUUAUCUAAUGAAGACACCACUGUUGACACAUAUGAAACAUUAUUUCAUGACGCAGUUUCAGCUGAAAUCGAAUUACUUCGCGAGCAUCCACCAACGAAACGUUCAUAG